CCUGGCUGCACUUAGUGGUACAGCCCUUUUAAGGCACUUCCUCAUUUGGUUGCAACACAACACAGAUUCUUAUCUUGUGGUCGUCACGUCUUACGGUCAGACCCGAAGUCUUCUUCACAGUUACCAACAAUGGCCAGCUACAUCUCACACCUUGACGUGUCCCUCAAUACAGAUGAGGAGCAAAAUCUCCAAUCACAGGGCUUCAAGAAAAUCAAUGUGGAUCUGAACAAAGGGUCAGGAGGAAACUACAUCUAUAUUUGGUACAAAGAAAAUUCCUGCUCAUCACCAAUCACCAGGAUUCAGUUUACAUUCAACGAUGACAUGGCCAUUGGAUUGAUCAAUGCGGGGUACACAAAGAUCUCGAAAGACCUCAAUGCUGGAGCAAAAGGUGAUUACAUCUACCUCUGGUACUUCAGAGGGUCCACAGAGUACGAUACUCCCAUAGUGGACAUCGAUGUCACUACAGAUGCAGAAAGUGAAGCCAACAAGUUUAGCUUGGGCUGGGAGAAGCUGACCUGUGAUCUGAAUCGCAAGGCUGAAGGCAACUGGAUCCACCUCUGGGUGAAGAGAGAGAGACAAACAUACAUCUGUGAAGUCACCGCCACUGAUUCCUACGGAUCCGACACCGACUACUUUCAGAAGGGCUACAUUCGUUUGGAUGAAGAUACUAACAGAGAUGCAAAAGGAGCGUUUGUCUUCAUCUGGUACCGUCAGACCACCGACUCCCAGCGUGCACUCAGUGUUUUGCAAAUCUCCACCAAUGGCAGUGAGCGUCAGGCCCUUCAGCAGCAAAAUUACCAACCAGUGAGCGUUGACCUCAACGAGGGAACUGGAGGAAACCAGGUGUACCUGUGGUACAAGCAAGAGCAGUGUGAGAAGCCCAUUAAGGCCAUCGCCCUGCUCGUCAACACAGAUGCUGUUCCGGUGUAUGAGAGGGCUGGAAUCAAUGUUAUUAAAAGAAAUCUCAACACAGGCAACAAAGGCUGCACUGAGUACCUGAGUGUUUAUCAGUGAAGGCCUGAGAAAAUCUGUGACGGCAGCAGAGCUGAGCAUUCUCGACCCUCACUGAAGUGGAAAGCACAGUUCAAAAGUGUUCUUUAAUUUUUGUUGAUUACUUCCUUACCUUUGUUUUCUAUGUAAAUCGAUGUAAGUGGUAACAUCAGAGAGCACCUGUGGUCUCUACUGUUCAACUUCUUAUCAGAGAAAUCAAUCAAACUAAUUCAACUAUUUUCAUGGCUACUUUUCAAUCAAUGAUGUUAAUCAGUUAUUCACCUUUAUAAUUUUGUAUCACUGUAUUCAGCAAUUUUCCUGCUUUUCAAUAAAGACAAUUUUGCAUCAGAA